GGAGAGGAAAGCAGCUUUAAUUGCUUCUCAGCGAGGAGAGCCAGCGAUGGCUUCGCUCAGGCAGGAGCACCAGUACGGGCUCUGCUGUGGAAAAAACAACAAGAACAGCCCCAACAGGACGCUGUACCAUGUCAAGCUCACGGACACGGCUAUCAGGGCGCUGGAGGCUUUCCAAAACCUCAAGGGAUCUUUACCAAGUGAACCAUCAAUUUGUUUCAAAGGAAACCAAGGGUACAUCAAGAUCCCAGCUCCCACAUCAGAGUCACCUUCAGCUCUUCGCGUCUUCUCCUUCUACUUAUCCAGCGACAGCAAAGACCAGCCACAAGCCAGCUUUGAGUGCAUCCAUCAGUAUGUUUCAGGUGACGGCCGCGACCAGCUGGAGGGUCAAGGCAGCAUCCAGGACAAGAUCACUGUGUGUGCCACCGACGACUCCUACCAGAUGACCCGUGAGAGGAUGUCUCAGGUGGAGAAGGACAGCUGGAGCCGCUCCGCCAUCGAGAUCAAACCUGGAGCCACGCAUCCAAGUAAAUGUAUCAAGUACCACAAGAGGCCGGCGGCUCCUCUGUCUGCCUCAGACAGCAGCUUCUAUAAGCAGUCUACCAACAACCGGAGGAACAGCACUUUGGCCACCCCGACCCAGAAGCCCCUCAGGGACCGAAUCAUCCAUCUGCUGGCUCUCAAACCGUACAGAAAACCAGAGCUGCUGCUGUGGCUGGAAAGAGAAAGAGCCAGCCCCAAGGAUAAGGCCGAGCUGAGUGCCACGCUGGAGGAGGUGGCCAAAGUGAAUCCCAAAGACAGCAGCUACUUGCUGAGGGAUGACCUCUACAGGUACGUGCAGAGGGACUGGCCUGGCUACAGCGAGGAGGAGAGGCAGCUGAUCUGCAGGCUGCUGGCCAGGAAGUUGCAGCCACAUAUCAGCAACCAAUCAAGGAAUCUUCAAGCAAACUCAUCAUUACUGAAGACCUCAGAGGAUCAAAGCGUUGCAAAAACACUUGCAGUGAAACGCCCCGUGCCUUUUGACUCACUGGAAAGGGUAUCAGCUAAGAGACAAAAACUUACGGACCAGACAUUACAACAGCAGCCUGCUGUAAACGGACUCUUAAACAACAAAGCAGGACACAAUAAUGUAAAUCUUAUCCUCAACCCCAAUUUCCACACAAAGACUGAGUUUCAAAGGACAAGUAACCAUCCGGAUAACCAAAAUGGCUUACCAGGGAACCACAAUGGCAUCCCUCUAAUGCACAAACUGUCUAGCACCUCUGACGGACCUGUGGCAGAGAUCAGGGUGCAAGAACCCAAAGGAAGCAGCGUCCAGCCUCCCCAGUGUGGCUCUGAUUGUGCUAAACAGCAGCCUACAAACAGCCAGCACAAAAAGAAGAAAUCUAAAAAGCACAAAGACAAGGAGCGAGAGAGGUUAAAAGACAACCAGGGAAGUGACUGGAUAAAGACGAGUCCUGAUCUCAAGCAGAAUCCAGACAAACUUGACAAUCCUGACAUCACAAAUGCUGUGGCCUCUGAGGAGAAGCCAGAUUACGUGCUGACAUACGGCACAAUAAAGAGCUUGGAGCAGCGUCAGAGGUACCAGGAGGAUUUCUGUGCAGAGUAUGAUGAAUACAAAGAUCUCCAUUCCCGCAUCGCCACCAUAACUCACAUGUUUGUUCAGCUCGGGUCUAAGAUCAAGAGCCUGUCCCCCGGCACACAAGAAUACAAGAUAAUGGAAGACCAAAUACUAGAAAAGUACAACAAGUAUCGGAAGAAGUUCCCUGGCUAUCGGGAAGAAAAGAAACGCUGCGAGUACCUCCACGAGAAACUGUCGUACAUCAAACAGCUCAUCAUAGACUAUGAUGUCUGUAAAGUGUCUUCGUAGCAUCAGCUCUCACAUUUUUUCCAGAUGGUGCCCCCUGGAAAGUGUUUUUACAUGAGAGUGAUGAAACUGCAGCCAUCAACACAGACAGAUUCUGCUUGGACCACGGACAAUACUGUGAGCACUAAUGAUAUUAAAUCAAUAGCAGAUUUCAUUCUGGUCUUUCAAGCCUGUUUGUUCUAAAGUUAUCAUUUCUUCAGAGAUUCUUGAUGUGAAAAAUCCAAGGGAGAGAGGCAACAAAAUGUGAGCCUUAUUAAAGCCAGAGUCAGUGUAAGCCAUUUUGAUAGAAAUAUGUCAAAGCUUGUUAAGACUUUAACUUAUUCGCUUUGUUUUUCACACUUGUGAACUCAAACAUUCCUUCCGGCAGUUUUUCCUCUUUCCUUUUUUAUACAUUUAAAGAUUUCAAUAAGCAUCAUAAAAUAUGAAGUGCUUUUGAAUUCCAUAUCAAUGUGGCCUCAUUUAUAAUGAGUGAAGCCACCCACUGCAAAAAAAGAAAUAUGAUAUAUAUUUAGUCAUUUCAUCUCAGAUUUCUUAUGUCAUGUCUUAUUAUGCAAAUGGAGUGAAAUGAUUCCACUUGUUCCCACUGCAGUUUCCCUCACAGUUUCAGGCAUGAAGCAAGACAAGUUUAAAACUGCAGCAGAAACCUAAAUGAAGUUAAUUCUACGCUGGGAACAAGUGAAAUGGUAUCACCCCUUGGCUGAACAAAAUAAUAGACAAAAUGAUGUGUUAGAGUGAAGGUAUUUUCCAGUACAGCCAGUGAGAGGAUCAUCCUGCUCAAUGUAUCUGGUUAGUUUAUUUUAAGAAUGAAGCAUGUGAUCCUGAUGUAUCACGCACUCAUUUCAGAAUCCUAUUUAAAGCAGCUGAAUCCAAUGAGCAAAAACAGGAAAAUGAAUCACCUGGUUGAAAAUGUUAAGAGUUGCAGGUUCACAUGGAACCUGCCGCAAUAAGCCGAGGUAUCUGCAUCUCCCAAAUGCACUUGAGUUUGUCUAAAGUAUUUAUUAGUCACUCUCCCUUUCUUUUCAACACUUGGUGAAUGGACCAAAAUACAUAAAUGUUAAUCAUGCAGCAAGUCUAGUUUUAAAGUAUUUUAACCUACUGGAAAGAAGUGUCUUUGUGUCUUUUUUGCAUAGAACUACUGAUGUAUUUAUUUUGAAGCCAUUUUGUUUCCCUUCUAUCCUGUGCCGCUGGUCUCCUCAGCUUGUAGCGUCCGGUCUUGUUAGAUCAAAGUGUUUGUAUCCAAGCAGCAGGGGGAGGAAGGUGGGAGAGGUUGUGAAUAGAUGAAAGGUAUCAUAAUAUAUUGUGUGUUUUGUCUCUUGUCUUGACGCAGUUGUGGAGAGUGUCUGUGUUAAAGCUGCCCCAAAGGCCUCUUAUAAUGACUGCUUUAACACUGCAAAUGAAGGCCUCGGGUGAGCGGUUAUCUGCCACUUCAGCUGUGUUUGAAAUUAUUCACUUGUACACUAUAAAGGGAGAUAGAAACAUCAUCAGAGACUCUGGUAUUGUAAGGCAUAAAGCAUGCUGGUACUUUAACGACUAUAUUGCACUGCAGUUUUGGAUUACUGAUUCGACUAUCGGAUCCUCAUUUAGGAAUUUAGAUACUAAAUGAGGGGCCACACUAAAUUGGUGACUUUUUAGUGUGCAGUGGAGGAUUUCAAAAUCAGCCCUGAAUAGUAGAUUUUCAGGAAAAAACAGCCAUGUUGGUACAAUGUGUGCAUUUGUGACACCGUGACUAGUCGUGGUGUUUGGAUCUCAUCGCCUUCAAUUUGCAGUUAAUAAUCAGUGCCCAUUCCGUUUGUAAUUGUUCAUUGUGGUUUCAGUUUUUGCUCUGAAUGUCAACAUGCUGUCAAUGACAUAGAAGCCUUAAGAUUUUCGCUUUUUAUGCAACAAAUUCUUCAUACUGCCAGUGUCGAGGAGGAGUCAUUAUCCACACACACAUCUGUUACCUGCCUUAUAUUACUGCUGUUACAUUUUAAACUGUUUCAAUGAACGCCAACUGUGGCUUUCUGUAUUCAUAUUGCAAUAUAAGAAGUGUUUAGUGCACAGUUUGAUCAGUCAUAAUGACACAGCUUACUCAUCACUUGCAUUUGUAAUCCUUCUGGUACUUUUUUUUUCCCCUUUUCAAUUUUUUUAAUCAUCAUUGUGGUACAUGUUCAGGUAUUCAUCAUGAGAAUUACCAUUGAUGUUUAUACUGCUUACAGUUUUUCCAUUUGACCCUCAAACAUUUGAAGUACUUUGAAAUAGUGUCCUCAGUGGGUUCUGCCAUAUUUCGAGCACAAAAAGGUCUCUUUUAAAAGUAUGAAGUGGGUGGUAAUUAUGAGAAGGUUUCCUGGGGGAAAGAAUAAUAGCAUCAAGUGAUUGAUUGAGAACCAUAAUUUGUCAAAGUGAUUUUCAAUUUGGUUGUUGAAUAUUCUGAAGGUUAAAAAUAAUGUCAUUGGGUGGGUUCUGGGUGGUAAUCAAAAGCUCCAAUAACAGGUUGGCAAAAUGCGUUUUUUUUUGUUUUGUUUUUAUAAACAAGGUAGCAGUGUGUACUGCACAGUAGGUGUUUUUAUGUACAGUACACCUGCUGCCAGAGGACCUUCGUUUCAGAGGACAGGAGUGUAUGCAUUAUGAACUGCAUUUUACAAAUGUAUAUUUUCUCUUGUGUUCUUGUGCAAAGUUCAAAGGAAUAAAAACAUCAAAGAAAUCUUUC